UCUCUUUCAGUAUCCAUUUUGGAUUUUUUACACACCUCGCACUCUCUUAAACUCAGAACUCUUCAAUUCAACGUUAUAGAGUAUAGACUGUGCUAACCCGACCCGAAAAAUGCCACCCAAAUCGGAGAACCCGGUUCAACACACUUCAUCCUUCACCGCAACCGACUCAUCCUCCGCCGGAUCAAUGGAUCCGAUCUUCCACGUCAUCCGCAUCCUCCCAUUCAGCUUCCUCCGUCCACCGCGUCUCCGUCUGAAGCUCCCGUCGAUCUCCCUCCCCUCCUCCAACGUCGUCUUCGCCCUCGUCCUCCUCACCUACUUCAUGGUCGUCUCCGGCAUCGUCUACGACAUCAUCGUGGAGCCUCCCGGUAUCGGUUCAACGCAAGAUCCCUACACCGGUUCGGUAAAACCGGUUGUGUUCAUGUCCGGCCGUGUUAACGGUCAGUAUAUUAUUGAAGGUCUGUCUUCGGGAUUCAUGUUCGUUCUCGGUGGAGUUGGGAUUAUAAUGCUGGAUCUUGCGCUUGAUCGGAACCGUGAUAGAUCUGUGAAGGUUUCGUAUGCUUCAGCUGGUGUUUCGUCGAUUGUUAUUGCUUAUGUUAUGAGUAUGCUCUUCCUUCGCAUCAAGAUCCCUGCUUAUCUUAGCUGAAUUUGAAUUUCAUUUUGUUGUUAUCUUUUUUUUGAUGAAUUUUGUAGUUUGAAUUUGUCUAUGAUUAUGAUAAUUUCUGGCUCCCGAUUAUGAUAGAUUAGGGUUGCUGAAUUUGAAUUGAAAUGUCUAUAGCGACUUGUUCUGGAUUUCUGAUAUUUAGUUGGUUUGGUAUACUUGAAA